AUGUCCGACGACGAGAAUAUCUCCGUCUACGAUGAAAUCGAGAUCGAAGACAUGACCUUCGACGAGGACCUUCAGGUCUACACCUACCCAUGCCCCUGUGGCGAUAAAUUUGCAAUCGCGCUUGACGAUCUGCGCGACGAUGAGGACAUUGCUGUGUGCCCCAGUUGCAGCCUCAUGAUUCGUGUCAUCUUUGACAAGGAUGACCUUCCCAAAGAUCCGGAAGCCGACCCGGAACCUCCUGUUCUGGAGAACGCCGCCCAGAUCCCUGUCGUCGCAUGA